UCCCAAACAUUAGCUCCACGGAUACCCUUCUCCUUGUUUUGUUAGUUUCAGAGAAUAACCAGCUAUGGCGGAUAAUACCCUGAAUACAGAUACUUCUACCAGGAAUCUACAAGUACCUGAAAUUUCAAGAUCACUGAGAGAUGCUCCUCCUGCAAACUAUACAUUGAAGAUCGAGUCAUUCUCACAGUUAUCCAGUAUGCUCAUAGACGACAAGACUGACAAAUACGAAUCCCAGGAUUUUGAAGCUUGCGGCUACAAAUGGUUUGUAAUUUAUCAAUUAGUCAAAUAUCAAUUGAUGUUAUAUAUAUUGUCUCUGGCUAACUCUGGUUGAAAUAUUUGCAUCGGAAUAUAGGAAAUUGGUGUUGUAUCCUUAUGGAAAUUUGAAAAGAGGUGUAAAUGAUCACAUUUCUCUCUAUUUAGCCAUGGAGGAGGCUAAAGAAAUUUAUCCUGGUUCCCAAGUUGACGUGAUCCUCAAAUUCUUUGUUUAUGAUCAUAUUCGUGACAAGUUCUUGACCAUCCAGUAUGAUAGAACGUGUCGUUACCAUUCUUUGAAGACUGAAAAUGGUUUUGACAAACUAAUCUCACUCGAGUUGUUCAAUGAUUCCUCUAAUGGAUAUCUUGUUGAUGAUUGCUGCUUGUUCGGGGUAGAGGUUAAUGUUAUAAACAAUGAAGGCAAGGGAGAGAAAAUUUCCAUUAUAAAAGAACCUAAGAAUGGUACGUUUACAUGGAAGAUUGAAAACUUCUCAGCAAUACAAGAAAGUCGCUAUCCUCCAGAGGAAUUUACCGUUGCAAAUCUUAAGUGGCGUUUGUUAUUAUACCCCAAAGGAGAUUCAAGGGCAAGCGGCAAAAGUCUGUCUCUCUACUUGGAAUUACUUGACAACAGUGCUCAUCCUCAACUAAGAGUGUUCACAAAAUAUUAUCUGAUGGUAAAACGUCAGCUGCUACAUAACCAUCGAGAGCUUACAGCAAGUAGAUGGUUUACCUCCAAAUCAGGCCCUACUUGGGGUUUUUCUGACUUCAUGCCACUUAGUGACAUCCAUGAUUUAUCAAAGACAUUUCUAGUGAAAGAUAGCUUGAUUGUUGAAGCAAAAAUUACGCUUCUUGCAGAUGUUGAAGGUCUCUUUCGAAACUGUAAACGCAUUAAAAUUGAAUGUUAAUGUUGCACUGUGCAAUUGCGGAGUAUGAUUUUGUUUCUGAGUGUUGGUGGAAGAAAACAGUUUUCAGUUGUAUGCUUUCUAGUAGUCGUUGAUGUAAUUCUACCAUGGAAGCUUGAUAUAUCCUUUUGUUUAUUUUAGUUGCUUUCAAAGGAAGGAAAUCAUUGAAUGACU